AUGACGAAGAUGAGGGCUGGGGCUCUUGCUCCAGGAGAAGACCUGGAUUGUGGGAGCCUGGAACUGGAUGAUAUAAAUUCACCAGAAGGUGGGACCAAGUGCAAGGUGAACCAAAGGAAAGACAAUGAUUGGACAUUUGUCAGAGGACAGAGACCACCAGGACAUCCUCUGGAUGUCCAGACCCCCAAGGAAGGAACCCCAUUAGGCUAUGGCUGGCUGAGGAUCCAGGGUCCCUCCAAGGAUCUGGAGACCAGGGGAAAGACCCCUCUGGCAGAAUUUCAGAAGAAAUUGCCUAGGAAUCUUCUCCACCGAGGGACUUCCCUGGCCCUGCGCACUUCCUCUUCAUCCUCCAUCAGCCACAGGAAAUAUCUCCACAUUGAAGACUCUCUACACAGCCUGAAAACAGAACUGCCCGGCCUCUCCUCUGCGGAAGCUGUUAUUGCUGGCAGACCGCACCGAGAAGCAGUACGAGGACCUCUCGUGGAGGGAAAUGGUCAUUUACUCAAGAGGAGCUGCUCCAGAGACGUGGAGCAUGCUCCCAUAUGCACGCGUUUGGGCCACACGUGCACAGGCAUACUACAAAAAGAAACCUGGCAAGGCAGGAUUGUUUACAACCAGAGUCAAAAGGAUAUCCUCCAAGAAUGGUUUAAACAAAACCCUUACCCUGACAGAGCUACCAGGAAACAAUGGGCCAAAGAAAUUGGUAUUUCAGUUUCCAAAAUUCAGGUCUGGUUUAAAAACCACAGAUCAAAACAGAGACAACUGGAAUUGGGAUGCUCCUUAGGAAAAGACAAAACCCAAGGACAACACCAUCAUCAGCCUUGGACUCAAGGUGAAAAAAAAAACAAAAAAAAAACACGGGCUCAAAUGCAUUUCUUCAGCGGGACAGAGAGGUUCUCAGCAGGCAAGGUUCUGGGCCUUUUGGUCCUUUGGUUCCAAGCAUCCUCUUCUGUCACCAUUGGGGAUUCAAGGAGAGGAAGUGUAAUCAGCAUGACCUUCCCAGGCUCAAGUUUCCAGUUUAAACAUGAAAACUCUUCUAAAAGAUAUCUUCUGCUCCCAUGUUCUCCUUUAGAAUACUUACCAACAGCAGCCAGACAAGACUGGACAUCUGUCCCAAGAUCUCAAUCACACGUCCUACUUCAAGCCUCUGAGAGGAACCGAUUGCUUGACAUUACAACCAGGAAAAAACUGGCUAAAAAAACAGGCAUUCAGGAACCAAGAAUUCAAAUGUGGUUUCAGAACUAAAGAUCCCUAUACCCAGAACAGAGCAGAAGCGAGUCCAUGAAUUCCUUGGCAGAUGGCCCAAAUGAAAGACCAGAUCUGACAGCUCAACAAAAAUGCCAGAAUCACAUAGAACAGACUGGCCCAGGAGUAUUGUAGUUGAAGGACUAUUCUGAGCCUCGGCCUGAGCAUCAACACCACCAGUCGCAGGAUCUGCUACAGGUGGACAUAACUUACGUUCUGCAAAGGUGGGAUGAGGUCUGCCAGGCUCUGAUAGCAAAAUGGGAUCCUCAAGAAGGUACAUACUGAGAUACACACGGCUACAGCACAAUCAGCUGAGAACCAGCCCACUCCCUCAGCCAAC